CGCUCAUCUUAUGCUACACUCGUAUUUAUUUUGUUUCUGUGUUUAGAUGUAGUUUGAUACUCGACGAAUAAACAGUAAACAAUAAUGACCUCAUAUGAAAUCAAGAACAAGAAAUAUGUGAAUGACAAUGCAAGAAUCGAUGGUAAAAUUGUCAUAAUCACUGGAUGUAACACAGGUAUAGGCAAAGCAACUGCCCUUGAACUUGCAAAACGUGGUGGUAAAAUCUACUUUGCGUGUCGUAAUGAAGAAGCAACAAUGGAAGCAUUAAAUGAAAUUAAAGAAUCGACGAAGAAUGAACAACUUUAUUUCCUCAAACUUGACCUUGCUUCUUUUGAUUCAAUUAGAGAAUUUUCUCGUAAAUUCCAUGAACUCGAAACUCGAUUGGAUAUUCUAAUCAAUAAUGCGGGUGUCUUAUCGCCUUUAAAGAGAACAGCUGAUGGAUUUGAAUUGAACUUUGGAGUCAAUCAUUUGGGUCACUUUUUACUUACAAAUUUGUUGCUUGAUUUAUUGAAAACAAGUGCACCGAGCCGCAUUGUUGUGGUUUCAUCGUCACUACAUAGAAUAGCUAGUCUAGAUAAGGAAGACAUUAAUAGUGAGAAGAAUUUUGCUGGUACGUGGAAGGGGUAUGCGAAUAGUAAGCUCUGCAAUAUUCUUUUUGUCCGCGAACUAUCUAAAAGACUACAAGGAACAGGUGUUGUUGUCAAUGCAUUAUGUCCAGGACCUGUUGAUACUGAAGCUACUCGGGAUUUAAAUCCUGUCCUUAAGUUCUUUUUUAAACCAAUGCAAAGACUGUUCUACAAUUCACCUGAAAUUGGUACUCAGACUUCAAUCAUGCUUGCUGUCGAGCCAACAUUUGCUGAUGUUACAGGAAAGUAUUAUGUCCAGAUGAAGGAAACAGAACCAUCAAUUGGAAGACAGAACUAUGAGGAAUGGCUUUGGGAUAAGAGUGUGGAAUUGACUAAAUUAAAUGAACAGUGAUGGAUGUCAAGAAUUAAGCGGAACGAAUUACUAAGCACAAAUUUACAGAUUAGUUAAGCACUGAAUUUUAUUUUACAGAAGUUCUUAUAUAUUGAUAUGCUAUAUAUUUUUAAUAAAUAAAUUUUAAAUACAUUGAAAA